GCACUCUAUCGUCAUUAUACCCCAAAAAAACAGAAAGUCUUCUCAAACACCGAAAAUGGAAGAACACCAAAUAUAAUCCAACCAAUAGGAAAGUGAAGAUACAUCCAGGUCGAAUAUUUGAAAAUGUUGGCAUUCGUGAAAUGCUUUUCGUUGAAGCGAACAAAGCAUCCUCCUGGAUAUGAGGACCCUCAGGUUCUUGCAUCUGAAACUCCAUUUACGGUGAAUGAAAUAGAGGCUUUACACAAUUUAUUCAAGAAGCUAAGUACAUCCAUCAUCGACGAUGGGCUUAUCCAUAAGGAAGAGUUUCUUCUGGCAUUGUUCAGAAACAGCAGUAUGCAAAAUCUAUUUGCGGACAGGGUGUUUUACAUGUUUGAUAGGAAACGAAACGGUGUCAUUGAGUUUGGUGAAUUCGUUCGUUCACUAAGCAUCUUCCAUCCACACACUCCGGAACAUGAAAAGUCAUCAUUCAUGUUCAAGCUGUAUGACCUUCAUGGAACCGGCUUUAUCGAGCGCCAUGAGUUGAAGAAAAUGGUGGGCGCACUACUUGGUGAAACAGACUUAGAACUAUCUGAAGAAUCCAUUGACGCCAUCGUCGAACAGACGAUGGUUGAGGUUGAUACGAACAAAGAUGGAAAAAUUGAUGAAGAAGAGUGGAAAGAGCUCGUCGCUAAAAAUCCUUCAAUCCUGAAGAACAUGACUUUGCCCUAUCUCAAGGAAGUAACUUUAGCAUUUCCAAGUUUCGUUCUUGACUCCGAAGUAGACGACUAAACAACAAAGAAACCUUAUGACAGUUUCUCCCGACUUUUUUGUUUUUUUUUUUCAAUCCUUCUUACUCCUAUUAAUUUGGAAACCGGACUUACACCAAAAAAAAUUUGGAAACCGGACCUGUCUUAAUAUAUAUUAGUUAUAAACCAGUCCGGUUAUACCUGGUACAAGGCACAAUAUGAUUUGUAAUUUUGCAAUUCUUCUGUUGUUAUUGUUAAUGUUUCCUCGUUCAUUUUGUUCACAAUUGACAUAGCUUUCUUUCAACGCAAUUUUACUAUACGAAACGAAGAUAUCAA